GACUGGGGCGAUUGGAAGAAGGUGGACGAGGAGAGUAGGACAUCAACAACACUAAGACGUUGUGAGGACGGAGAUGACGAAGAGGUCCAGGGGCGAGUUACAGCCAUAGGCGUCGUCUGUGCGGAGCGACGCGCGCGGAACGGAAGGAAAGACGACCAGAACUUGAGACACUUCUUCCGAAGGACUACUGUAGCAUCCUGCCAUCACUUCCAUACUAGCCAGUACACGAUCAUGGCAUCGGCGACAGCGUCGACUUCGUCAGCAGUGGCGGCAGCUACUGGACCCGCAACAUCGAUGAAGAUCCUCACCAUCGGUCCGCCGCAUGGUCAGGUCGCCAGCUUGAUCUCCAAAGCCUCAGCCAUUGAGUCAAAGCACGGGCCCUUUGACGCGCUCUUUGUGGUAGGCGACUUCUUCCAGUCCUUCGAUUCCAUCAAUGCCGAAGAACAAGCUCUGCUGGACGGCACAAGCAAGCUACCGAUCCGAACGCUGAUAUGUCAGGCGCGGAGACGACCUCCGCCCGAGGUCAGGGAUCGAAUCGCCUCCAUGCAGCGUGUCAUGGCGAAGCGGAAGCAGGAUGAAGAUCAGAAGCCGAUCAAAUUGGCGGACAACCUCUUCUGGCUUGGCAAAGAUCAGGUCACCUGGAUCUCAAAGGACGUCAGCAAAGAUGAGGAGACUGGUGACGUGGGGGGAGAUGCAAUCGUCGACGAGGAGCAAAAAGGCCUCAGAGUGGCCAUCUGUGGUGGAAAGUGGGACGCAGCCAAAUGGGCUGCAGAGAUCCAAGGCAGAGUCGAUGGAGUGGAUGGCAUUGCACGGGAGGACCCUUCUUCAUCAUCCGAAAUUCAAGAAGACAAUUCAGACUUCCUACUGCCAUCCAGCCUGGAGAGACUCUAUCAACAUCGAGCCUUCCAAGCCAAACCUCUCGUACCAGCCUCAGCUCAGGCAGGUACGGCUCAGGCGGAGCCCCAGACACUUGCAGCAGCUCGGGCAAAGAUGCAGGCCGAACAGGCAGGGAGCUCCAAUUCAACGAUUCCAAAUGAGCCCUCGAUAGAUUUACUGCUCUUGCCUACAUGGCCAGCUGGAGUCUCGCUCUUCUCUAAGGCCUUUCCUCCCGCAGGGGUGCCGGAGGAGGCUCGAAUGUGGGGUCUGCCGCCAGUGGCCGAAGUGAUGCGGAGAGCGAAGCCGAGAUACGGCUUUGCCAUUGCGCCAGAGACGGACAAGAAUGCAGAACAGGUGGCCUCAAAGGAUGCAUCAGAUGCAACAGCGAAGCCUGAUUGGCAAGAUACCGGCGUAUAUUGGGAGAGAGAGCCCUACUCCUCUGCCACAGAUGCUCGGCCUGCUCAGAGAGGGGGCUCAGGCGCGAAUGCGGUACCAGUCAAAAGCUCGACUCGUACGACGAGGUUCAUCUCCUUGGCCAACUUCGCUAAUGCAAAGAAGGUUCGUUGGUUCGUAGCAUUGAACCUACCUGUAGGCGCUGCCGCCAAUGCUCCGCCCGCUCAGCCCGCGAAGGGCAUCACCCAAAGUCCCUUUGGAGGUGACCUUCGAGCUUUGCCUACCAGUGUGACCAACGACAAUGCUGAGAAGAAGAGAAAAGUAGACGAAGCGGUUUCGGAGGGUGAUGGUCUGCAGAGCAACGUCAAUUUCCGAUGGCAGCAGGGUGGACAGAAGAAGCAGCGCCGAGCAGAGGGAGCUCCCCGAGAUGACGGCGCCCCGCCUCCGGAAGGCUACGUCUGUGUGGUGUGUGGUUCAAAGGAGCACUAUGUCCGGCUCUGCCCUCACAAGCAACAACAGCAGCAACAGCAGCAACAGCGUAAGGAUGCUCGCAACAAGAGCGGCGCCGUCAACCUUGGUCUACCCAACCGUCCGGAGGGUGCAGAGGAGGCGCUAGGACCGAUGCAUCGACGUGAGCCGGUACAAAUGGUGGGACCGAAGGACUGCUGGUUUUGUCUCUCAAAUGAAGGCUGCGCAAAGCAUCUCGUAGUCGCCAUCGGAGAAGAGUCCUACCUAGCUCUGCCCAAAGGCCAGCUACCACCUUCCUCCUCCGAAGCCUCACCAGUCCCAGGAGGCGGACACGUCCUCAUCAUCCCUAUCUCGCAUGUGCCGAGCGUACAGUCCCUGGACGAUGCAGCCGCCAAGGAACGACUGGCAGAGGAGAUCGAGCGAUACCUACAUGCUUUGAGCCAGUGCUACGAGGCGCAUGGCUGUAUCCUAGUAGCCUGGUCGAUUGUCAAGCUCAGCAACACCAGAGCGGGACACAUGCAGGUACAGGUCGUGCCAGUUCCUCAGGCCAGGAUCCUUGCAGCUGGAGGAGACGCCCAGGACUUCGAGACGUACCUCCGCUCGGAAGCUACCAAGCGGGGCUACAAGCUAGAGGAAGUGACAGACGGCCCAGCCGCCAAGCGUGUCGGAUCAGCGGGAGCGGACACCGAGUAUUUCCAGCUGCAGAUCUUCCCAACUUCCAACCUCGCACAGCGCAUCGUAUACAAUCUUGACCUCAAGAGUACCCCAGCGAACAGGGGCAUACGAUUCGACUAUCAAUUCCCACGCAUCGUGCUUGCCUCUUAUCUGGGCGUCCCAGACCGGGCAGAUUGGCGCAAGUGCGCUCGCAGCGAAAAGGUCGAAGAGGUGGAGACGAGGACGUUCAGAGAUGCAUUUGCAGAAUGGAUGCCGAGCUUCGGAGACGACGAGGAUGACAGUGAUGACGACGAGUAAGAGCCAAGGAUCGAAGCGGGCCGGAAGCUGUAAUUAGAGGAGGCGUCGCCAGCCGGGCCCGACAACGAGGGAGAAAGCUUUGGAUGAGAAAAAGGAUGACUUGAUUGCG